AUGAUUCAUUCCUUAAAACCAAAAAAGAGAUGCUAAUAGAUUUGUAAUGAACAUUAGUUCAUUCUGAUACCAAAAUCUAAAUCUAAUGAAUGUUGGAUUAAGUCAUAGAUAACUCUUGAUUAUUGUCCUGUUUAUAAUGAGUAUAAUGUAUUACAUUACAAAAGAUUCACUGGAUAGUUUGAAAACAUAGUUCCUAUUCAGAAUUUUGAUAGAUAACCUGGACUCCCUACAUUCAUCCUAGAAUAAGAUAGAACUUAAUAUUAAUUCAAUCUAGAGAGAUAUUAAUAAGAACAUCAAUUGAAAAUUGAAGAAUAGAGAAUCAAGAAGACUAAAAUGGUAUUUAAUUAUUGUAUUAUAUUUAAGUUUGUUCCAAAGCCUGGUAAAAAACAUAGGUAUUGUGGUGUGUGCAAAAAAAAUUAUGAAGAAUAUUUGGAUGUAUGUUAAAUUUUUAUUGUAGUUUAGCAUAUCCAAUCUUAGGAGCAUAUAAAUACUUUUAAUACUUAUAGAAGUGUAAAUCUGAUAAGAACUUUAAUUCAAGGAUUUUAGAAUGUUAUUAAUCAUGAAUUCUCAGAUUAAAAAUAAUCCAGCAUAUUAUUUUGUGAUUCAAAUACUAAAAUUCCUAUGAAUAAAGAAAAUUUUGUAGCUUAUUUUGAUCAAGAAAGAAUUGGAGUUCGAUUUCAAAAAUAAUAGAUUAAGGACAUUCCUAUGCUUGAAUAUAAAAUUCCAAGUUCUAAGAGAGGAAGACCUACAAAACCUAAAUAGAAGAAGGAAACCAUUAAGAAAGCCAAAGUAUAAGAAGAUAUUCCAAUUAUCCCACAUUAUUAACCGAAUACGUAUUUAGACUUUUAUUAUCUACAAUAAUAAUAUUUGUAAGCAUAAUAAUAGAUUUAAAAUCAAUAAUAACAAUAUUUAUGCUAUCAAUAGCCACAACAAUAGUAUUUUAGAGACUGUAUAAAUUAUUUUUAAAUUUUUAGAGAUGCAAUAUUUUAAUUAAAAUGCUUAAUUAGAUUUAUAGUUUUAUUAAAGUUUGAUGUAAUAAUAAUAGCAUUUUUUAUAAUUAAAAGAAAUAGAAGAGCGAAGAGAAUACUCGGAUAGAUCUUCAUUAUGGUAAAAAUUGAUAUAAUUAACAAAUUACCAAUAACCAACUCAAAAUGAAAUAGUUUAACUUUUGCAUAGCAUUAUUGAGUAAUACGAAUGCAAUCCUCGUAACAAUCAAAAUCUAAAUCAUAAUAAUAAUAAUGAUUAGCAAUUUUAAUGA